CUAAGGCAGACUGAUGGGAAGUUUGAGAAAGUAUCAGUGAUCGGUCUGGCGGGUGGUGAAGACGCGGAGAAGUUGCGGGAACUCCAUGUUGAAAGAUGUGUUAAAACAGACCUCUGUUGAUUUCAUCGUGUUGUGGAAGGUCCCCCAGAAAACUGCAUUAGGUGCAGUACAUCUAUACUAUCUAGUUGUUUGACCGUGACACCCACUCUUUGUAUCCAAGAACCGUUUCAGUGUUACGUGAUCUCAUAGUAUUUGAAUCCUAUGCUGACCAGUGUCUACGUCAUGAUCUUCAUCCCGCGUUCGUAUCUUAAUGGCGGUCUUGACUUAUACUAUUCUGUCUGCUUCACAACGAUUCGUGUUUUUUCAUUGCGUGAGCAGUACUCAAAUUUAACGGACAGGUUUUGUUUCCACUUCGCUACUUCCGCUGGCAGCUCUCUUGAUGGUCGUAAAGGAGAGGUAUCAUCAGCUUGCACAUCUCUGCCUCCGCAAGUGCCCUCGUUUCCUAUCGUUACCCAAUUCGCGGGUAGUAUAUGCAGCCGUAUUCUCACGUUGCCCAGCCAGUCUACUAGUGCUCCCGGUUCCGGAAUUAAUGUCACCGUUCCAGCAUCAUCUACAAUAACUAGCUCUGGGAGCACCACUGUAACUAACGCAUCAAUACCAACCAGUAAUGUUGGGCCAAUACCUACCAAUCCUCCGAUGAACCCCGGGUCCGGAGAAACAACCACUCAGAGCUCUUCCCAAACCUCAGGGAGUUCGGUCACCACUGGUAGUACUUCAUCCUACUCAGUUACAAUUCUUACGAACUUGACUUCCCAAUCCACGUCUCAUCCGCCAGUUUCAUCCACCAAUGAGAAUUCCACAUCUUCUGCUACCAAUAGUUCGCAAUCCAAAAUAAUUCCAAUCAUCGGUGCCACAGUCGGGUCCUUUGUAUUCUUGCUGCUCCUUCUAUGCGCCCUCGUAUACAUCCUCCACAGACGACAGCAGAAGAGGAAAUAUCCUGCCAUAUUUCACCGCGACAUGAUGGUUCGGCAAAAGCGAUCCGAGUCGAAUCUGCCUCUUACUCCGACAGUAAAAGAUUCAGAUGCUUACACGAACUUUGGGGAUGCAGAGAAACAUACAUCGUACGGUUCUAUGGACAAAGAAGACAUUGCGCUGAGUCCCAAGGACUAUUUGGAAUAUUCGCUGCCCGUGCCCACCGCCUGGUUGGGCAACAGAUCCGAGAUCCUAUCUCCUGCUCGCGCACACGCAAACCGUGGUCCACCAGAUGGGGCUACAUGACGUUUUAGAGAGGCGGAAAACUCAAGACGGAUUUGAUGCAGGGUGAAGACAUGCAAGAAGAGCUUAAGGCGAGGAUCGCCGACCUUGGAAAUUCUCCUGGGCGCUUGGAUUUAUUGAUAACAUGCCGGUCAAUGUUGAGGUUUAGAGGGUCCUGGUCUCGAUGUACAGACGUCCCUACCUAAUGCUAUGGUUUAUUAUAAGAUGCACAUGCGAAAUAGAUGUAAUCGUUAUCUUCAGACGUAGACAGACAUUACUGUAAAACUUUACAGACGUACCUCAUUCGAUCAUAUUCUUUACUAGUUUUUGAUCUUUCAUCUAUUGUGUAAAACUCGGACACAGUGGGAUUAAUUGAGAUGUUUUUCAAAGGCUGAGCUUGUACUCAGUUCAACGACCGCUCGAUACCGGUGCGCGAUGGACGAGGGCUA